AUGGAGGGUCCCGAGGGGGGCCAGGGGGCCUCUGGCCGUGAGUUGCGGCCGCAGCAGCAGCAGCAGCAGCAGCAGCAACAGCGGCAGCAGCGGCAAGAGGGCGGCGCGCUGGUCGCGCUGCUGGUGCUGGGUGCGCUGCUGGCGGUGCCUUCGCUGCUGUCUGCGCUGAGCAGCCUGAGCAGCGAGCCCCCCCCCAGCAGCAGCAGCAGCAGCAGCAGCAGCAGCAGCAGCAGCAGCAGCAGCAGGUGGGGCUGGCUGCUGGAGGCGCAGAACCCGCUGCCGCAGGCCAUCACCCCACACCAAGUCACUGUGCAGUAUUGCCCCUCCUGA